AUGGAUUCUAAGCGACUAACGAUCUUUCCAAGAACAACAAAUGGUGUCAAAGACGCAAACACUAUUAACAGAAGAGGUGGCUAUACUGAGCUGAGUGCCCUAAAGCGAAAGCUUAAUCGUGAAGAUGGACUUCUCGAACGUAAGCUCCCAAAGCCUACACCAUCCCUUCAAGUAAAGCGCAAAAACUUCACACCGCUUGAUGAAGAUCCUGGAAGACACUAUCGAUGUAUACAUAUCGUGGACCCGGAAGGAGAAAGACCUUAUUGUUUGGCCCAAGAAAUCGCCUCAGCUGCUACUGAGAACGCAUACCGGGUCGUGAUGAUCCGACGUAGCCUAGAUAAAUCUAUCUAUGGCCUAGGGGAUUCAAACCCGAAUCUUCUUAAUAUUGUGUCUGUUUUUAGGUUUCAGGGUUCUUUGUUCACAGUGUUUGAUAGACCUGGCUUUCCCUUAUCUGAGAUUGCUAUGUCUCAUUCCCCACCGCUGGGUUUAGCUGAGGUAAGAACGAUAAGCGUAGAGGCACUCGCUGGUAUCUGCGCAGUAUAUACUGCAGGCCUUUGCUUGCCCUUUAUUGGUGUAGAUGAUAUUACAAUCUCGGCAAGCAAUGGUCGAGUCAAAGUUGCAUUAGACCGAGCAACUUUGCAAGAAACGACGGCACAUGAUAAGGCUACUGCUUUUGGAACAAUGCUGGACAACCUAGUGUCCCAUAUUCCGGAUUCUUCAGCCCUACAGCAAAGCCAGGACCUCCUUGCUUUCAUCCAACACACCAAUGAAAGAUCAUAUCCAGAAUUAAAGAAGGAGAGUUUUUUGAAGGACCCGUUACCUACAGCGUCAUUAAUUCCUUUUGUCUUGAAUGCACAGAUUACAGUAUUCCCAGUCGAACACGUAACGAAAGCUGUUAUUACUGAUUUGGGGACAUCUUAA